GCAGAGCAGCAGCAGCUCUCGUGUUGUGAUUUCUGAAACUGGCGCGCGCGACACGUCCAUCCACUUUAGAGCAAGACAGAGAGGUUUGCUAAAAAGAAAAUCCCUUACAUUGAGGCAGCAGUUUAAGUCAGGUGGCUAAAUAGGUAAAAAUUGACUUUACAUUGGCUUAAAAUAUAUUUGUGUUUGACUGACGAGCUCAAGGACUAAGUGAUGGAUAGGAAAGGAAACUUGCUGCGCGCCACUUCAGCUGGGUACCGUUUACCGGACCGACCCAAUGGUCCUCUCGCCUCUCAGUCCUCGGUCUCAGUGUUCAAGCAUUCAGCGGGUAGGACACGAAACACCGGUGAGAAACCGGCGCAAGACGAUGAUACCCGAGAUCCGGUAAAGCAGGACCAGGUUUGGAGAGAGUUUGUGCUCGCAGAGCGAACCGGUGUGAAAGAAUGGAAGAAGAACUGGAGUUUCCUGAUGAACUUUGACCAACUGGGUCAUCCGCGUACAGAAACUCCUCUCCCCAGCUCUGUCUCUUUAUACUCAGACAGAGUCCCAAACACCACUAACCAAAUGUUCGGCAGCGGCCUGUACACUGAGCUGGGAAAGAAGCUGAUUCGCCUGGACAAUCUGCUAACCCUGACAGCGAACCACCGCAAGGCCAAAAGGAAUCCAGAGAUGCAACCCUGCUGAGGUUUACCAGGCACAGGAUGUGUUCAAAACAAUCUCUUGUAUUAGCUGAGAUUUGUUGCCUUCUCUAGAGACCUUCCCUUGGGUUGUUCUGUUUGUCUUUCCUUUAUCUAUAUACUUAGACAAACUUAAGAGUGUUCAGUGGGUGACAAUUUGUUUUUUGGAUGUAUUUUUUUUUUCUGUGGACAGCCUAAAUACCAGCUGCCAAUCUGUGUAUGUAUGUGUGUGUUUGCUGUUUGUUUUGACAGUGUGUUGAGAGCAUUUGUUUUUAUAUUAGAUUUUGUGCUGACAUUAAUAUGCAUCUCUCAGAGUACUUUAAUAUGCUGGUGAAGGCAGUAAAGAUGACCCUGUU